AUGCCCACUAUAUUUCACAGAUACAAUGAUUUACUAAAACGACACCCGUUCCCCACCAACAUGGUGACCACAGGUUUAUUCUUUGGUAUGGGAGAUAUUAUAGCACAAACUUUGUUUCCUCAUAAAAGUCUAGAAACAGAAGUUGUUGAUGAAGCAAAUGGCAUUACUCGUGAAAUAGAAGUAGUAGCCACAUAUAAUCCAGACAGGACAUUGCGGGCCAUGAUUUAUGGUUCUAUUUUUUUUGCACCAAUUAGCGUAAUGUGGCAUGGAAAAACAUUGCCCAAAAUUAAGAAUCCAUUUGUUAACCAAACAAAGAGACAAACAUGGCAAAAUCAGCCAAAAUUCCACAAGAGACUCCAUUUCUAUGAUUCUGUGUUUAGACUAGGCAUUGAUCAGUUGAUAUUCCCCGCAUUAGUUUGGAUUCCACUUUACAAUACUGUAAUGGUUAUGUUGGCUAGGCACGAUGAUCCAUUCACUGUGGUGAAGAACAAGUUGGAGAAUAACUGGUGGAAUGUUUUGCGUGCCAACUGGACCGUAUGGCCAGGAUUUCAAUUGUUUAACUUGUAUUUUAUUCCCGUGCAUCUUAGAAUCGUGUGUGCUAAUGUGUGGGCAACUGGUUGGAAUGCAUUUCUAAGUUUUGUCCAUAAUGCAAAGGGGCAUGGAAAGGGAAGUGGGAAAAGAUUGGAGGAGUUGGUGGAUAUUGAAGACGAAGACCAGGAAUUCUUUAUGAUCUAUGACUAG